AUGUCUGAUCCUCUCAGCCUUAUUUCUAGCACCCGCUUCCACCGCCGUGUCACUCUCGAUACAGCAUGUGGUCCGCUGACGGUCUCUUUCGCCGAGAUUGGCUGCAUCACCGGGCCCGCGCUGCUGUUCGUGCCGGGGAUGUUUGCCUCGCGUUAUGUCGGCAUCCCUCUGCAUGCUUUUGCAGAGCGCGCUGGCGUGCGUUUGCUCGUCGUCGACCGGCCGGGCAUGGGCGCGUCGACGGAUGUUCCACUCGACCGACGACUCGCCACUUGGGUCAAUUUGCUACCGCGUCUGCUGGCAUAUCUCGGUAUUACACGCGUCAACCUUGUCGCCCACAGCGCCGGCACGAUUUAUUUGCUCAAUACCUGGGCGAAGUGCCCGCCCUGGGUUGAUCCCGCCUACUCACGCGUUACAGCGAUGCAAAUGGCACAGUAUGUGCCAACCAAAGCGUUCACACUCUGGCACCUUAUCCCGCGCUUCUUCGUAACCCAGGCCUCCCCUGUGCUGGCGUCAAGUGGUGCUAUGUUUCGCCAGAAGUCAUCACAAAGUAGCGCGGCGGUAGAAGUGAGCCGGUCAUCUCUCGACUAUGGCGUGUCACGCGCGGAACAAGCGGAGCUAUUUCGCCUCGCCCUUCCCUUCAUGCACCAUGAGAACACCGUCGGUGCUAAUAGCGAGGCUCUUCAGUGCCUUCGCAAGAGCGACAGUGACUGGGGGGUCUGCUCGGACUAUGCCCAAUGCGCGCAGAUGCUGGCUGCCAGCGAACAAUCCACAGGUGGCCCAGUCAGUCUCCGUGCGUACUUCGCGUCCACAGAUGCCCUAGUGGGCAGUCGGGGCCAAAGAUACUUUGAACAGUGUUGGCAGGCACCAGGUGUAGAGGCCAUUGACUUUAUCUCCACGACGAUCGAUAAAACAGAUCAUGAUACUCUGAUUCAGUCAGUGGAAGUGUGGGGGGCAAUAUUCGCUUCUAUAGGUGGGCGUCAAUAG